AUGCGAUUCAGAGGUAAAGCCAUCGCUUGGUGGAGGCGUGAGAAGCAAACUCGCCAAUCCGUUGGCAAAGCGCCAAUUACCUCGUGGAGGAAGAUGGAAGACAAGAUCCGAAAGUAUUUCCUACCUAAGGGAUACAAGAGAGAGCUCUAUCAACGAUACCAAAAUCUGAGACAAGGUACGCGAACGGUGGACCAAUACACCAACGAAUUCAAUGAGUUGGUGAUUCGCAACAACAUUCAAGAUCCGGAGGAGAUGCUUGUGAGCAAGUACUUGAAUGGCCUUCAACUUCAUAUUCAAGAUGCCCUGGAAGUCCUUGACAUUUGGCACUUAGGAGAUGCACACCAACGAGCACUCAAGGUGGAGCGUUCUCGCUCAAGGAGGCAACAAUCCUCUAUCAUGACCAAUCAACCCGCUAGGAGUACCCCUGGCACCACCAAAGUUGCUGAGGCUACGACGCAAACCGCUAGUAAGUUUCCUAAUCAGUCCAACAUUUUGAAGCGACCAACUACGUCCGAUAUUCGUUUCUAUACUUGUGGUGAGUUGGGUCAUCGUGCUAGCAAUUGCCAAAAGAACAAGAAUCGACAAGCCGGCAAAGCCUUCUUAGUGGAUAACGAUUCUGAUGAGCAUGUGGAAGAUCCGCUCGAGGAAGAGGUGAAUGAUGUCGAAGAGUCCGCAGCAAACAAACUAAAGUUGGAGUUAAAGGCGCACCCAACACCUUAUAAGAUGUCAUGGCUAUCGAAAGGCACUGAGAUAACCGUUUCCAAAUGCUGCCUUGUUAAUCUAUCCAUUGGUUCUGUUUAUUUUGACAAGAUAUGGUGCGAUGUUCUACCAAUGGAUGCUAGUCAUGUUAUUCUUGGGCGACCAUGGCAAUUCGAUAGGCGGACUACUCAUGAUGGCUAUCGAAAUACGUAUUCUUUUGAAUUUGGAGGGAAGAAGAUUAUAUUAGCACCUAGUAAGGAGCCUUUGAAAACUCCUGUUGUCAAAAAGUCUUCAUCUCCUACACUGCUUUCGAUGAAGGAUAUGAAAGGUGCUUUAAAAGGGGUUCGUAUUGUAUAUGUUUUACUUCACAAACAGCAUCUUCAAGAAGUACUACACGUGUUGAGACAGGAGCGCUUGUAUGCAGCCCUCGAGAAGUGCUAUUUCAUGGUACCGCAAAUCCUUUUCUUGGGAUUUCAUAUUUCAGCAAAGGGCAUUUCAGUGGAUGAUGCCAAGAUCAAGGUGAUUCGAGAUUGGCCGACUCCAUCAAAUGUGCAUGAGGUACCGGUAUUGGAGGAGUUCUGA